CGGCGAUGUGACGUCGUCGUCGGGAGACGCGUUCCAGGGGAUAGUCUCAAGGAAAAGAAAAAAAAAAUCAAUUAUCACGCCUGCGCAAUUCGGCAAUUCAUUCUCGUACAGCGCUGCGAUCGACGACGGUCUGUCUGUAUUCUGCAAUCGAUAAUUUUACUUUUUUCUCAUUUUCCGGUGUAGCGGCCCGUGUCCCGUCGUUCCGUUCGCGUUUACACUUUGCACGGUAUUUGCUUGCGACCAUAGGAAAAAGAUCGUCGUUUAGUACUAUUGUUUCGCGCGUUCCCACAGUCCAACGCGUCUGAGCGUCGGAGACCGCGGUAAUAACAAUACUAAUAUUACUAAUCAACUCGUCUCCGGGACCAACAAUUGCGCAUCGGUCGCUCGGUUACGGAAUAUCCGUGUGACUCGAUCUUUGUGGUUUGUUCUAUAAUUUUCUAUCCUAAUAACUAGAUUAUUAUCGUUGUUGUUACCGACUAUUGUUAUUAUUGUUAUAGGUAUCUACACGGUUUUUGUCAUAUGACUACGUUUCCCACAUCAUCUCAGAUGAUGAGUACUAAUUCGGAAGAAACAUCUGCCGACUCGGCCAUCGGGAUUCAGUUUUCGUUAGAGUUAGAGAAUAACGAAAACGUCAAGUUCGUUUUUGAUUUGUUGGAUGAUAUCAACAGGCUGAUUAAACGUAAACCACUGAUCGGUUAGUGUUGUUGCCUAUAUAUAUAUAUAUAUAUAUAUAUAUAUAUAUCGUAUUAGCUGUCUUUAUUAUUAUUUAUCUGUCUAUAUAAAUCGUACCUACAUUACAAAAAACAAAAAGUGACAUGGGUCACUCAUCUGAAUUGUCGUUUAAACUAAGUUUGUGUAUGGACAACAUAAUAGCAUAGUGUACCUCGUGAUCUCGUAUCUUUCUCUUUUCAAAUACUAACAAACCAACUAUACAUUUUGAUUAUUUAAGAAAUUUAAGUGCCCCUGUUAAUAUAAAAUAAUAUUUAUUUGAAUUGGCAAAUCAUUAUAUCAUUUGUGUCCAUUAAAAAUUAUAUUUCUUGGUACCUACAAAUCUAGAAUAGACAUUUUUUUCACUGAUGAUUAAGUUUUGCAUUAUCAAUUGUUUCGUCACCGAGUACACCCAGUACCAUAAAUUUUAAUUUUGUAACAUUUUCAAUUGGAAAAUACACUCAGCUUAUCACGAACAACUACCUACAUUACGUAGCUCACAUUCCUCACAGGGAUUAAAAUGACAUUUUCAAUUCUAACUUUCUAUUUAAUAAUAUCAAAUACAUCAUAAAAAUCAUUUUCAUACUUUUUCAUAAUUGUUCAUUGGUGUUUUGUAUUCAUUCAAUUGAGUAAUUCAUACUAAUUUCAAAAUAAUAAUCAUCAACUACCUAGUCUUUUUUUGCAAGACUUCUAGAUUAUUAUUUAAACAAACAUCAAUAUCAUUUUCACUAUGAAUACACAUUAUACUAACUUUUUUUCCCGUAUAUUAUGUGAUGUAUAUUUUAUACCUAUAGUCUGUCCCAUGAGAGAUCUGACCUCGGUCACUUCUGCGCAUCCCCACAUCAUUUUUAACCAGGGUUGGAACUUUUAAUACAGUAAAGUAUUAAACACGUAUUAUGUGUACAUAUAAAACGUAUGAAACAUACAAUAUAAAACUAUUGUAUAUGUUUUAUACUGUAUACGUUUUUUUUUUUUGGCUGCAAUUAACCAGGAAUUAUCAGUUAAAAUAAUUGUUAAUUGAAUUGUUAAUUGAAUUUAAUCAUUAUUUUAUACAUUAUAUAUUAAUUAUCUAAGAUAUGUGCGAUAAUUUAUUAUAUUAAUUACUAAGUUCAUCUUUAUUUUUUAUUAAUGACUACAUUAAUAUUUAUAAUACCAAAAAGUAAUUAAUUUUGUUUUUAUUUUAUUCUAAAUUUAAGAAAAUUCACCAAGUUGAUGUGAUUUGUUAAUCUGUUAUAUUAAUUUUUUUUUUUUUUUUAAUCGUUUAUUUAAAUGAAUAUUUACAAUCUGUACUAAAGGGUACAAUAAGUAAAGGGUUUAGCAUAAUAAUGAAAAGGACAAUGAAAGACAUGAAGGUGUUUCACAUUAGAGACACCAGAGCUUAAAUAAUUUACUUAAAAGGUAUGCAUCAGAUAUUGAGUAGAUCUCUAGGCCAGUUGCGUUUGAGGCGUCCUGGCGGGUUUUCUGGAAGAUGGUUGGAGUGAAGUUGAGCGAUGAGGGAGUGGGGUGGUUGGCCAUUUUGGAGUGGAGGCAAGUAUAGAAUUUGGUAGCUGUUUAUUUGAUAGUACAAAUUUUUAGCUCGUGAAGGCUGAUAUUGGUAACGUACCAAGAGGCAUUCGCAGUCAUUCAUAGGCAAAUGAAUUGGAAGGUUUGGAUAGUUCUAAUGUUUGCUGGUUUGGCUGAACCCCAGAGGGCGUUUCCGUAGGACCAAAUAGGUAGAAGUAAGCUCUUAUAUAAUAGACAGUUAGAGGCGCUUAUUUUUGAUUUCAUAUAUUAAUUUAUAAGUUUAAAUACUUAUUAAAAUUCAAAAUGUACAGUAUUAUCACUAUUAUAAUAAACUUCAAUCUUGGUUGUUAUAAAGUGUUAUAUGUAACACUUUUAAACGUUUUAUAUCUAUAUAUUACCAACCCUAGUUUUAACAUUAUACAUUUAUAGAAGCAGCCUCAUCUCUUGUAGGACAGACUAUAGUUACAUUAUUAAAUUAUAAUAAUAAUUUAGAGAUUAUAAAUGUUAUGACUAUGUAUUAUUUUAAUUAUAAUUAAUUUUUUUUUUUUUAAAAUUCAUUAUAGAGCUGAUAAUCAGCUGUAUAUUUGAGUCGCCUAAACUCUCCUUAUAGGUAUCUACGAUUAUCAGAAUAUUGUCAAUUGUUACCUUUCUCUAAUCUAAUGGUUUUAUUUUAAUUGUAUAAUUAUUAGUUAGACUUAAGUUUAAAGUGUUAUGUUUGUCUAUAAUUGUGACCAGGUUCAUUCUUUAGACCUGUGGUCUUCAACCUUGGACUCGCGACCUAUAUUUUUGGCUUACAUUUUUUGCGACCGACAUAAGCUUUGUAAAGAAGCUGAAAUUGCUUAAUACUUUGUAGUAUUACUAUUUAAAAUGAAUAAAUAAAAAUAACAUUUUUGUAGGUAGAAUAUUUAAUUAUUAUUAAUUGAAAAUGUAUGGAAUUCAUAUAAAAUAAAAGUUUUUUCUUAAAUGAUUUAUGGUUUCAAACAUUUUGCAAUUCUAUACAAGACUAAAAAUGUUGCUUUUAAAGCCAACUGCGAAACUGAUGAAUAUUUUUUUAUGAUUUUAUGAUUUUUUGAUUUUUAUGAAAGUUAGGUUUUAAUGAUUCAAAAUACACUAUACAUUUUUCUUUUAAAUUUGGAUGUUUUGUAUCUGAAUGUCUUUUUAAUUUUGAUGGUUUUAAACUUUCAUUUGCGAGCAAUUCUCCACAGACUACACAUUGUGGUUGAACCAAAUUGUUAUGAUCUCCCAUAUUAAAAGCACAAAAUCCGAAUUUUAAAUAAUUUUCAUCAUUUCUUCAACCAAUAAAUUCGGAUUUCUUUCUUUUGCGGGAGUUUUCCUCCAUAUUUGAAGUUGAAAGUACCUAUAAUAACGUUGUAAUGUCUUCAUAUGUAUUAAUUUGACCACUUUUCCGAAUGACAAAUUUAUCCAUUUUAUUAAAUAACAAAAAAAUAUUAACGUACACUUGGUGAAAUACGACUAGAAUAAUAAUGUGACUAGCAUUUAUCAUCUUUAAACACAGCAACAACAUCGAUAAUAUUCGUAGAUUGUGGGAUUUGUAGAUUACUCUAAUGAUAAUAAUGUAUAUUAAUUCUAUCAAUAUCACAGUUUAUUUGUUAGUUAUUAUAUUAUAUUAUAGUUAAUAUAAUAAUAUUGAAUCAAUAUCUUACUACGUAGAAUCAUACCAAUGUAAUAUGAAACAUAUACUGUACUUUAUACUGUGAUUUCAUAUCCAUUAUAAUAGUAUAUUAUAAAUUAAAUUAGACCAAAUUAUAUAAUAUUGUUGAUACAUAAUAGACUACACAAUUUUUUAAACUGUAUUUUCAUUUAAUAAUUUUCUAAGUUUAAUAAUUAAAAAAUUAUUUUUUACCUUAUAUAAUUUUUAUUUUAAAAAGAAGACUUAUCGCGACCCAAUUUUAAAGCUAACCACAUCAGUUGAAGACCACUGCUUUAGACUAAAAAAUAAAACAACUUAAUGCCCAAAUUAUAAUAAUAGUAUAUACCUAAUAUUAUUUAUGAAUUAAUUUUAAUUUAAAUAAUUACUAAAAAAAAGUAUGUUAUUUAUAUAUAAUAAUAAUAAUAGGAGGAUAAAUUAAUAAUCAACAAUUUUAAUUUAUAAAAUAUAAUAUAAUAUUUAUUUAUUACCAUAUGAUACACAAUAUUUGUAUAAGGAAUUAAAUGGGUUAUUUUAGAUUAUUAUUGUUAGUUAUGGUUUUGGAGUAACAAUAUAGCGACAUAAAUAUCUACAAAAAUUUAAUAUUUUAAUUUAGUUUUAUCAAAAUAAAAUUUUAGAAAUAGAGAACUUUCAGACAAUAUCUGUUUGUAAUUAAUUAGAUAGUUUAAGUAUUCAGUACAAUUUUUUAUCCUGUACGACUUUAUCUUUUUGAAUUACAAAAUAUUUUUUUCUGUCAACUUUACUUUGUUAUUAAAAAAAAAAAAAAUUAAAUGCUCCAACUGUAACUGAAAUUUUCUAGAAAACCUUUGAUGUAAACUAUUGAAAUAAAUAUUCUGAUCAAAAUUUGUAUUAACACUAAUAAUAUACAGAAAUAAAAAAAAAUACAUACACGGUAAUGAAAACAAUGCACACAUCGCUUCACUCAGAUUCUAAAAUAAAUAGUUUUAGGAUGGCUGGUGUGGUUUAUUUUAUUUUAAUGUUCAAGCAAUAAAUUAUAAUUCCUUGUUAAUUUUAUCAAGAAUUAGUGUGUAUAGUGAAUUAGAAGUACAUAAUAAAACAGUCUUUCCCCAUAGUUUCUAUUUUCAGAUUAACAAGUUACUUAUUAUUAGGUACCUAAUACAUUUUAUUGUUUACAUUUAUUUAUUUUUUAUAAUAAUAAAUUAUUUAUUAUUUUUAUUUGUUUUUAGAAGGAGAAGACUUUCUCACUUUAUCAGAAAUUCAUUCCUUAAUUGAUCAUCAGUUAACAGUAAAAGAACCCAAAGCUUCAAACCAUGCUCAAAGAAUUACUCAUUUCAUUUUAUAUUUAAACACAAAAGUAGAAAGUGCUGAUUGGGUUAAAGAAGGUGAUGCAUCUCCUACAGGCCAAAAUCUGCUUCGAUACAUACAUGGUAAACCCAUAUCUGUUGAUACCUACUAUAAAGUUGUGGAGAUAUUGAAUUUAAAAUCAUUUAUGGCAGAAACCAUAAUGUGCACUCCUUACGGUUUUUGUCGUGAUUUAAUUGAUAUAAAUUUAAACCAAAUUAAGUAUUUGGAUAGCUUAUCACAACUUAUAGCUACUGAAGAUUUGAUUCUCUCAUUAAUGAAAUCCAUCAAACGUCAACCAGUAAAGCCUAGUUUAGAAGACGACCUGCUUACCAAGUUCAAUGAAGUUAUGAUUAUAUUUAGCAAUGAAUCAAAAGUUCUUAUUGAUUUAAAAAAAUUAUAUUCUGAUGAUGACCAAAAAGAAAUAGCAAAGUACAAUGGGUAUCGUGUGAGGAGUAUUUUUAAAAUUUUCACAGAAGUCAUUAGAUUCCAAAAUAACCCAGGUAAACAUAGACAGUAUCCCAUGUAUACAUUGAAACCGAUACGUUCUUCAGAUUUAGAUUCAUCAACAGGAAAUACUGUAAAAGAUGCUAGCAAUUCUUUGUUUCAUAAAUUAUUUACUGUUCUUAAGCACAAGUGUAUGGAAAUGUGCGAUUUCAGCAUUGAUACUUGGCUUUCCUGGUAUGAAGUGGAAGUCAUUGAAGAAGAUACCAAUCUGCAAGCCUGUGUUGGACAUUUAAUUUAUGAUCUGUGUUCUUUUAUUGACAAGGGAAUCGUCAAAGAUGCAGUUUUAACAAAUUUUCGAGGAAUUUUACGUAAUAUGUCUAUUGAAAAACUCGAUUUUAGCAAUGUGGAUAUCACUGAUAUCAAUGGAAUGAUUGAAAAUGUACAGAAUUCCUCAAAAUUUCAUAUUAGUGCGUGGAUCAAGAAAAUGAUACAGAAUACUAAUGUUUAUACUAAUCCUAAAGCUGUAAGCACAUUAGACCGUUACAUGAAAUGCAUUGAUUAUAAUUGCUUGAGAUGCCUCAUUGACAGUAUUAUGAAUUAUUAUAAAAAUGGAGGUAUAGUGUUAGAACCACUUGUCAAUGUAUUAUACAAAGGAGUGAAAAAUUUGGAUAUGGAGGACAAAUCAAAUAUUUUGAAACAUUUUAUGAAAAAUUAUGCUGAUGUUGAUUUGUUUGUAUUAUGUGAUUAUGAUAAAUUAUUAAGUUAUAUUGCUCACAACGAAUAUAGUAAUACUGUUGACAUAAAAGUAAGUUAUUCAGAAUAAUUAUAUUGGAUAACAUUAGUUUGAUAUAAUAUGAAUAAUUUUAAUUAGUGUUUCAUUAUCAUUAUGAAGUAUGUUGUUUUUGUAUUGCCAGGAAAUGGUGUCAAAAUUGAUUUGGCUUGCUAUGCUGCAACCCAAAAAAAUGUUGCAUAAAUUAGUAUCACAAUAUAUCACUGGUAUUUAUAGAUUGCCAGUAAAAGGAAUAGAAUCCAAAAGGUCGUGUUUACAUCAAGUAACUGUGGAUAUGCAUUUACACAUGCCACCUCAUUAUGUUUAUGAAGAAUACAGAUCUUGGUUGGAUGUCAAUAGACAAUUAUCUGAUAAACAAAAAAUUAGUUUCAGGCAAUGGGUAUACUAUGCGAUUCAGAAUUUAUGUUACAGGCCAUUUUAUUAUAUAAAUAUUCAAAAUAGAGAGAAAUGUAUAAUACUAAUUUUUUUGGAUUUAUAAACAUCUCAAAUAAUUUUUUGUUUUUUUAAUUUUGUGUGUCAACUUUUAAAAUUCAAAAGGGAACCUUAUACUUUUAUUGCAAAAAAAUGUAAAGAAAUGUUUUAAUAAAUUUAAGUAAAUAAAUAAUAUUAAUUUAUUCGAAACUAUGAUUGAAAGCGAUUUAAAGUUAAUUUUAAUUUAGUUAUAACUGGCUAGAUAAGGUAGCAUUAACAGCAUUGUGUGAUAAGUGACAUCAUUAGUUAAUAGAAUUUUAAACAUUUCUCAACAAGUCUCAAGCAUAGAGUUUUGAAUAAAUUAAUAAUAUUUCAUCACUAAAAUUGAUUUAAAAAUUAUUUUCUCAUUUUAUUUGCAAAAUAAUUAUAGGUUCAAAUUUAAAUUUCAAAAGUUGAUCCCCAAGACUUUAAAAUAAAAUAUAUAAAUCAAAUAACUUUUGUAUUAUAUUUUUUUCUCUAUUUUGAAUAUUAUUAUUAUUAACAUUCAUGUCUUAUAAUUGUUUAUAGUCUGUAUCAUCGAGCCGGUCAUUACACUUAAUGAAACCAAAACAUUAUCUUAUGCAUGUUUUAACGCCUCUUCUGAAAUCUUCUCCAAAUUAUGUUCAUACACUAUAUUUAGUUAAUUUGACCAAAGUUAGUAUGCAAUUAUUAAAAUUUAAAAUUGGGUAUUUAAAUUUUACAUUUUUGACAGCUUAUCCUCAAUGAAUGCCAUUUGAUUACGCUUAGUGACAUAGAUAACUGGGACAAACUACUUAUUCAAUUAGCUAUGUUAUUGGAAGAUACUCGUUGGAAUAUCGAAAAUUUUUCUCGUCAAAGAGUUGAAUUAUGUGAAAAGAUCAUUGUUACUAUACAACCUAUCCUUAAUUAUGCUGCUUAUAUAGGUAUAUAAUUUUAUUAACUUAAAUCUAGAUGAUGUAAUUGUUAUAUUAUAAAGUGGUAUUUAUAUUGUGCCUUUUAUUUACAAAUUUUGUUAAUUUAAACCAUUAAUAUUAUAAUUUUUUUUUUUUUCAGUCAAACCAUCAGACAUACUUAAUAUCAAAGGCGCACUAAAAAAUUGUCAUCUUCUCACUGUUUCUCAUUUUCUACGUAUGUGGGGAAGCGAGUACAUUGUGAUAGAAGGAAUGGAUGAACAAUUCAUAAUGACUGUACAAUCCCAGAGUCACAUUUCAUUCUCCAAUUUAAACAUGACUUCUACUCAAAAAUCCCAGGAAGAAUUUAUUUUCAGCAUUGCUACAGUAAUUUAUUUAUUUAUCAUUAUAUUAAAAAUACAUAAUAUGUAGUAGGUAUUACUUAUUAUCUAGAUCAGUGGUUUUCAAACUGAGUGCUGCGGCACACCAGUGUGCCGCGAAUAUCCACUAAGUGUGCCGCGGUUUUUCAUAAAUUGUGAUAUAAGAAAAUAAAUGAGUUCAAUCAUUAUCUUUAUGCAUUUGCUAUAUAUUGACAUAUAUAUAAAUCGACAGUUAGUAGGAAUAAAGUGAUUAAGAUAAGUAAUCUUAGAUAACUAUUGAACUAUAAAAUGUAUAGAUAAUAUUAUUAGACCCAAGGCAGAAUAUCAAGGUCGCAACCGACCUGGACGUUUACGCCAGUAUUCGUAGAGUAGUUUGUCUACUAAUUCUAUUGUAAUAGCAUAGGAGUACUAACAAAAAAUUAAUUUAUAUAUACUUAUAAUUAUAAAUUAUAAUCAUGGAUAUAUUUGUUACUCGUUCUGUUGACAAUNAAAAAAAUUAAAGUAAUAUUUGUCAGUAUCACGAAGAUUACUUAAAAAUCGGAUUUUCUUGUACUGGUGAUAAGAAUGAUCCUCGUCCGUGGUGCGUUGUAUGUGGUGAAAAAUUGUCAAAUGGAGCAAUGGUGCCCAGUAAUCUUAAACAUCAUUUGUUCACUAAACAUUCACAUUUGAUCGACAAAAAUAUAACAUAUUUUCAACGUUUAUUAAAAUCACAAACUCAACAAAGUAAAAGUAUGACAAAUAUUGUAAAGAUUCCUGGUAAAUCUCAAGAAGCGAGUUAUGUAGUAGUGGAAUUCAUGGAAAACUAAAGUUAAUCAAGGUAAUCUAAUUAUGUUUCCCCAUACUGCUUUGCUAGUUGCGGAUGACAAAAUGUCAUUAAUAGUCGAGUCUAUCGCAUUGUUGGAAGUGAAAAUGAAUAAAUUUUUUCCAAGUAUUAAUAUUAAAAAUUACAACUGAGUACGAGACCCUCUUCAUGUGUUUAUUAGUGACUUGGUUGAUUUAAAACUUGUUGAAGAAGAAAAUCUCUGUUCAAUUAAAAAUGAUCGAACAUUGCAGUUGAAAAUCAAAGAGAUCACUCAAUAAAUUCUGGAUACAUGUUUCUGAAGAAUAUCCAGAGAUAUCUAUAAAAGCACUGACUAUUAUUUUGCCGNGCGAAUAUAAAAAAUAAAAAACGAGAAAAACUAAAUUCAGUGGAGGAAGAAAUGUGGGUAUGUCUGUCAACUAUUCGUUCGAGAAUUAAAAAUAUUUGUAACGCCCAUCAAGCACACAUGUCUCAUAAAAUGUACUUAUGUAUAAACUAUGCUUUUUUUGUAAAUAAAUUUAAUAACUAAUUAAUUACUAAUACUAUGCAAUUAGAAUUAAUAAAUAUUUGUUAGUCUAUUAAUCACACAUUUCUAUUUAAAUGUAUUUACAAUUAUAAUUAAUUCAAAACAAUUUUGUUCAUCUAAAAAAAAGGUCAGUGUGUCGUGUAUAAUAAAAGUUUGAAAACCACUGAUCUAGAUUAUAAACAACCAUUUUUUAAAUGGUAUAAUUUUUAUAGUUCAAUUUAAUAUUUUAAUUGAAAGUACUAAAUUUUUUGACUAAAAUCGACAAUAUCGAUGUUACAAAUUUUUCAUUAAUUUCAUUGUUAGAGUUUAAAUAAUAUUUAAUAAAAAAAAAAAAAAAAGAGAUAAAAUGAAAAAUUAACAACUUUAAUUCAGCUUCUUCACAAUGAAGUAAUUGUAAAAUUACUUAAAAAUUGUUCACAUUGGGAGCCCAUAUAAUAUAGUUUUAACUUUUUUAAUUUUAAUUCAUACCUUUAUGUUAAAAAAAAUAUUUAAUUUCACAAUUUUACAUCAGCCUCAGUAGUAACUUCUUAUUUUAAAUUAAAAUUGGGUUAUAGAAAAAUUAAAUUAUGCAAUUAAAAUAAUGACUAUAUAUAAAUUCACUUUAAGGUAACCAUCUUAAAAAUAAUUAUCAGACUAAAUGGGGAAUAUAACUCUUUGUGUUUGACAUUUUAUAAAAAUUAAUCUUAAAUAAUUGAAUGUACAUAAACUCUAAAGACUGCAAUAUAUAAUGUUUAAAAUGUGUAAAUCUGUAUUUUAUCAAUGUGCUUUUAUUUAUUUAUUUUUAUUUUUUUCUAGUACAUGCCUAAAUUCACACUGCACGAAAUGAAAAGUUUUAUAGCUAAUUAUUUAAAUUCAGCUAAACAACCAAACAUUCAAGUAGCAUCAUUUUUUUUGUUCGACUCUGUAAUGAAUGCUCUCAUGAGAAUUAUUGUAUACAUGAAAACAGCAAACCGAAGUGAUAAUGAAUGCUCUUGGAAUUAUGUGGAAAAUACCAUUGUGAAUUUCCUUGAUGCUGUAAAUGUAUGUAUAACUUCUAUUUUUUUUUUUACGUUCCUUGAAUGUGAAAUGCCAUUUAUGCUCUAUUCAGAAUAAAAGUAGGACCCACUUUUUGUGACCUUUCCACUUAUUACCUAUCGUACAGCAUCUGUUUUGAUAGUCCUGUGGAAAUGGGUACUCUACUUCUGAAUAGAGUAUAGAUAGGAACAUUAAUUGUUUUAAAUAUUUUAUGAAAUAAUAUUUGUUUUCAUUUUUAUCUAAUGAAACAAUUUAAUUUUUAAUAUUUUAAUUACAUAACUCAGCUGUUCUUUAAACAUUGAAAAUAUUUAUUACAUUUGCACAUUUUGUCUUCUAACUAAUAAUAUCUAAUGGCUAUGUUUCUGAAAUGGUUUUAUUAAAUAAAUAUUUUAUUUUUAAACACCAUUUCUAUUGAAAAAUGAAGUAUUUGUUUCAAUCAAAGUUAGUAGAUUAAUAUUAUUAUUGAUUUUAUAUUUAAUUAGUAUAAUUUAAAUCACUUUUUUUUUUUUUGAAUAAAUAUUAUUCUAAUCGGAACUUUUUUUUUCUAAUUAUAUAUUACAAUGCAUAUAAUCUUUACAAUUUCAAAAAAGAUUUUAUUGGUUACUAGGAGAUUCUUCGAGUAUUUUCCAAUACUUUUAAUAGUUUAUUUUUUUUGUAGACAUCAAGAAUGUGUUCUAUUUACAAUGAAAAUACGGAUGUUAAAAUGGCAAUGCAUACCAUUUCUAAAGUUAUAAUGGUAAUAAAACAAAUUGAAAGUUCUCGUCAAUUCCCAUUAUUCGUUGUUAUACGGCGCUUGAUCGAUUUAAUCCAUGCACGGUUGGAUGUGGACAGAAUUACAAGACUUUUGAUCCAGAUUGCAUCUAUCAAAACUCAGAAUUGCAAAGACGCAAUGGGAUACACUGUUGAAAUAUUGGUGAGGACUCUUAAUUCAAAAAAAAACCCUGAUCAACAACCUGUUCAAGUUUAAAUUUUCAAUUAAAUAGUUAUCUUUUGAAUACCAUAUUUUUUAAUUAUGCAAAAAGUAAUAAAAGUUUUAAUAUUAAAUGUUACUUUUAUUAUAUUGAUACAUACAUAAUUUGGCAAUUGCAAUAUAUUUUUAAUAUAUUGUUAUUUAUUAUACAGAGUGUAACGGAACUAUUUGACAAUGUAAUAAUUGUAAUAAUUUUUUUUCUGUUAAAUAUAUUAGUUUUAAAAAAAAUUUAUUACAUCACAGCACUAUAAUUUUAAAAUAGUAAUAUAGUCAAAAUAUUCUAUGUAAUAAAUAUAUUCUAAAUACAAAUUGUAUUAUUGUAUUAAAAUUUAAAAAAAAACGAGUUAAAUCAUUUUGUAAAUCGGAUUUUUAAAAAAACUUUAAUAUUAAAAACUUUUACUAAGGUUGAGUCAAUUAAUUUUAAACAAUUUUUAAGUUUUUAAAACUUUAUGAUGCAUGACAUUUUUUCUAUUCUUAGUUAUUAUUGAUAAAAUUAGUUAAAAAUAAAUUUAAAUUUUAACAUAACCUAAAUGAUAGUUUAAACAUGAACAACUUUAAAAAAAAAUUAAUAAUUUAUAAAGUAGCUUUUGAUUUUAUUGAAAAAUCUAAUUAUUAAAUAAAAUAAACCUAUAAAUAUUCAAUAGAAAAAGUUAUUAAAUUUGUUAAUUAAUCCUGUUACAUUCUGUAUAUUAUAAUUAUUAAUUUAAUCAAUAACCGUUUUUCCUAAUUAGAUCUCUAUAAAUUGAUAAGAUAAUAAUAUUUUAUAAUAAAAGUAGCAUUUUAAAAUACAUUACAAAUUUAUGAAAAGUCACUGCAAUAUACUGCCUUCCUAAGAAAGAAUACUGUAAGUGCUCUCCUUGCCAUUUUAUAAAAAAAUGCAUUUUCAUGUUGAAUCAUUUGUAGUAGUCAUAUCUUUAUAAACAUUGUGUUUUUUAAUAUUGAAACCAUAAUUUCUUAAGGUUAUAUACCUGACAAAUUCAAUGAAACUUUUAAAUUUUAUCACAACUUUUUUCAUUCAAGAUUUUAAUAUUUAUUUUAUGGUCAGUGUGUUAUUAAUUAUCUACAACUUUUUACCUUGUAUUUAUUUAUACUAUUUAUCUUAAUUUAUUUAGUUACUUAAACAAUUUCACAAUUUAUUAUAAUUAUAAUUAACUACCUAGAGAAUAAAUUCCUGGAUAAAUAACCAUAGUUAAAGUAUAUUUAUCUAUGAAAAAUGUGCAAAACUAAUAUAUUACAUAUAAGAGUAUUAUCUCUUUUAUUUUUUCAAUUUACUGCAUUCUUUCUUACUAAAGCGGUAUACAGCAGCUGCAUACAUUUUUUAAUUGGAAAUAAAAUUACACCUUGAAGGUUUAAAUAUAAGUAUCUAUAUUAUGUAGUGGGUAUGUCUAUGUUUGCUUCUAUGUUAUAUGCCAGGUAUAAAUAUGUGUAAAAAGAAUAGAAUUUUUAUUUGAUCAAAAACAUAAUAAUAUAUGGAAAUCAUUUUUUGAUAUUCAUUCCAUUCAAAAUGUAUAAUUUUUAAAUCUUUCAAAAAUAAUGUUUUCUUCUUCUAUAUAAUCUAAUGUAGAACAAAAGAUCACAAUACAAGAUUACCAUAACCGUACAUAUUAUUAAAUACUUUUACUAUUAUUAUGUAUUACAAGUAAUAGUAUAUUUUCUACAAAGUUCCUAAAUUAUUAUCAAUAGUGAAGAUUUUAAACAAUAUUGGAUGCUAUGUUUGUUACCACCUAAUUAUUGACUGGACAAUCUGUAGUUUUUUGAUAUUUUACAGAUUGUCUGAGAAAAAUUAGGUUAAGUUAUAAUAAAUAUAAUUAAUAAUAAUAAAGAUUGCACCUAUUCCUAUCUUUUAAUACAUAAUUAGUAAAAUUAGUAUAACAUUCUCAAAUCAACAACAAAUACAUGUUUGGAAUGAAAUAAAUAUUAAAAUUAACAUUAUAAAUUGAAUUUUUUUAAUUAUGUGUGCGGUUAUUGGUUUACUGAUAUUAAUAUAAAUAACUUCUUUGGAAGGAUUAAGUUAAAUGUGUGUAAUUAUUCUAAUAUUGUUAAAGGUUAGAACUAUUUCUUUUGUAAUAAGUUAAGUUUUCUUUGUGUGUGUGUGUGUGUUUGUUUGUCUUAAAUACCAAUCUCUUAAAUCUUAUAUGGUUAUGAUUUUCUUCAGAAACUAAAUGUACUUAGUAAUUAUAAUAUAUAUAUAUAUAUAUAUAUAUAUAUAUAUAUAUUUAUUUUAAGUAGUUUUAAAAAAUAAUGAUUUAUUAUUUUACAACUAAAUUGUUAAGUUAUUGUAAAAAUAUAUAAAUGUGUUCUGUGUUAUGACUAAUAUUAUGUUGCCAAUGUUUAUUUAAUUCCAGUGUUUUUACUGUAUGUUUUUAUAAUCUGAAAAAAAAGUUACUGAUUUGUGUACACUUAAAUUGUAUUAUGAAAUUAAUUUUUUGUUAUACGUAAUGUUAAUUGCUUUGUGGCUAGUUUUCAAAAUGGGUAUUAUUGGUAUAUUAAUGUUGAUUUUAUUUUAACAGCAACAUCUAAUGCAGGGGUCGGCAACCUUUUUAACCAUGUAGGCCAUAUUUUUUUACUAAAAACAACUCUAAAAUUAAUACAACUAGUUACUCUCCCAAAUUAAUUGUUAGAACCUCAUCAUUUUGAAGUUCAAAAAGUUUGUAAUUUAUUCUUGAAAUGAUUUAUGUCCACUAGAAAAGAAUUUUAGAAUUAUUUUAUUUCAUUAUCAUACUUAUAAAAAUCAUUAAAUCUUAUUGAAAAUUUGUUUUACAAUUGUUUCAUGGUAUAAAAAAAUGUAAGUUUAAUUAAAUCCCACUAUAGUGGUUUUACAAGAUUCAAAUGAUUGUACAAUAUUUUUAAUUUUACUUCAAAUAUUAUGUUCAGUGUUCAUUUAAAAAUGUUUUAUCUGUUAAAAAUGCUCAGUUGAAAAAUCCAUAAUUCAUCUGAUAGUUCGGUAAUGAUUUAAAAAUUGUUUCAUUCAUAAACAUUUCUAUUUCCAAUUAUAGAUAAAAAAAUUGUUUAAACGCUGCACCUCUGCUGAAUUCUGACUUCUAUACAAUAUAUAAUAUAUAACAUCUCCAUAUGCUGAUUCAAUUUCAUCCAAAAAUUGACGAUGACCCAAACCAUUAACCCAAUAAAAUGUAUUGAGAAAAUUACAACACUCAUAACUUCUUUCCAUGCAAGAACAAUACAAUGGUGAAACCUAACCCAACCAAUUUAACACCUUUAUGUGGGUCAUUAAAAAUUGCUUAACAAAUUGCAAAUUACCGACCCCUGAUCAGUGUAUUAAAAUGUGCAUUUUUUUUUUUAUUUUUUUUUUUUUUCUAGAAAUCUUUUAUGUUAUGUCAUAAUUACUGCUUUUAGCUUAAUUGAUCUUUAUUAAAAAUGUAUUCCAAAAGUAUACAAAAUCAAUAUUAUUACUAGCAGCUGAUACAGAUAUAUUCCUAUGUAAAAAAAAAAAUUAGUUUUUAGUAAUUUUAAUGUUUUAAUAAUUAGUUGAUUUACUUCAAUUGCAUAGGCGGUAAACAGACCACCAUGUUUUGUUUACUCAGAAUGUAAUUUAUCCAGCUAGUAUAUAUUUUAUUAUAUAAUCAAAUAUUACAUUUUUUUUAAAAAUGUCAGAAAUAAUGUUCAAACAAUAUUAUGAAAAUUUGUAUUUAUUUAUUGAUUUAUUUUAUUUUUGUUCGUUAGUUAAUAAAAUUAAGAGCAUUAAACAUGUGCAGCAAACAAGAAACAGAUAAAUAAAUAUCUCUCUAUAUAUAUACAUACAUAGCAGAAGAAUAUCAAAUAUUUAUUUUAAUAUCUAUUAUUAUAAUUAUAAUUUUUUUUUUUUUUUGUAAUUGUAAUAAUGUAAUACAAUUUGGUUUUUGAUAUUUAUUAAUCUACGAAUCUAUGAUUUAUAUUUAUAUUCACUAAUUUUAUGACAUUAUAUAAUAAACACCU